CGCGGACCAAACACUCACCUACUCAAGGAGUCUUUCGAAGGUCACCACAAACCCCAAGAAAUACAAACUCCUGGUGGGCUGCCCGUUCGACAACACUUGGACAAGCCCGUGUCAAAACUCGACAAAUCAGCAACAAUAACUCUCAGCCAGGGAGGUCCACUUUUGGAGAUCCCAACUUUGAACAAUCCUCUCACAACGAAUCAAAACCCUUCGACAGGGUCUCGAACUAGAGCCUCUAUAGUUGUCCCAGGUGUCAUCAUCUUUCUCGCUUUUAGCUUCGAAUAACCAUCUGGAAGCCGUCGGAGUCUUGGAACAAUGAAGUCAGCCGGUCUCCCUUCAGCGAUUGCCCUCGCCCUAAUUGGGCUCUCGGCCGCUCAUCCACAGGGCAGUAGAGAUGCAAGGGAAGCGGCAGUUCGGCCUCAGAAGAUCAUCGUCGCCGACUCCUCCGUAGCCGAUCCCACCGAAGCCCCCCAGGUCGUUGUUUACGUCGACGAGGAGGGCAGGCCUUUGGAAACAACCACCGAGACAGUUCGCUCUGUGCCCGCAUCUCGGUCGAUCAGUCGCUUUCCCAUGCCUAUGGGGCUGGAAACCCGCUCAAGAGAUGUUAGCUCUCGAGCCGCAUCUUCACAAUCCUUCACCAACACCCUGGAUGCAUCCUCAUCAGCAUUAUCAAGCGCUCCAUCUUCCUCUUCUUCAUCGUCAUCGCCUUCGCCUAUUCCUUCUUCCUAUUCCACUCAAAACACCACCCUUCAUGGCAUAGCCUAUGCUCCCUACACCGCAGCGGGACAGUGCAAAACAGCUGAGCAGAUUGAUGCCGACUUUACCGAACUGAAAGGAAAAUACUCGGUGGUCCGCACCUACGGCACCGAUUGCAAUCAGGUCGCCAAUGCUCUGUCUGCGGCGAAAAAUGCUGGCGUGAAGCUCUUCUUGGGCAUCUUCGACAUCAGCUCGAUCCCAACCCAGGUCGCAACGAUUGUCUCAGCCGUCGGAAGUGACUGGUCUCUGAUUGACACUGUCAGUGUCGGUAACGAGUUGGUCAACAAUGGCAAGGCGACGGCGCAGCAGAUGGUGACCGCUGUGGGCCAGACGCGACAGCUUCUCCGCACUGCUGGUUACACAGGUCCCAUUGUCACUGUCGAUACAUUCGUGGCCGUCCUUGCGAAUCCUUCGCUCUGCGACGUGUCGGACUACUGCGCGAUGAACAUCCAUCCCUUUUUCGACAGUAGCACGGCGGCAAAGGAUGCAGGUGCUUUCAUCACUCGGAUGGUGGGCGAGGUCCAGGCCAAGCUGUCGAACCGAAGCAAGCGCGUCGUUUGCACAGAGACUGGUUGGCCGUGGAAGGGCAACGCCAACGGAGCUGCCGUGCCCGGUCUUGAGCAGCAGAAGUUGGCUGUCGACUCGAUCAAGAAGGCGUAUGCAAGCCAUCCGAGCGACGUCAUUCUUUUUUCUGCUUUUAACGAUCUUUGGAAGCAUGCCGAGGCAGCAACGUUCAAUGCAGAGCAGUACUGGGGCAUUGGAGCUCUGUACUCGGAUUCUGGUAAAUGAGUCGAAGUCAAGCAAUAGAGCGGGCCAGUUAUAUGCAUCGGGCUGCGGGCAGACCGAGGGACGAGGCAGAUGCACAUGGCUCAUGAAUGGGAUGAUGGUAAUCCCACAUUUUUUUUG